CAAGAAACCAAAUCAUGCGAAAAAAAACAGUCAACCACACCGAUCUCUCCUCCGACCUCGACAACAGAUCGUCAUGUGGUCCUUCUUCGGCGACGACCCCUACGACUACUACUACCCCGCCUACGGCGGAUACGACGCCGCCGCCGACGCCUACUUCCAGGACGGCGAGCGCAUGUAUCGACACGCCCGCCGGAGGGCCCCGGCGUGGAACGACUACGCCUCCUACUUCCCUGGCGUCCACGCCACCGAGCCGGCCGCGCGGAAGGCCACACUGCCGCGUCCCAGCCCUUUAGCUUGCAGGCCGGACAGUUUCGAGAUCGAGGUCACCGGGCCCGACCCCGACCCGCCGAAACUGGUGCUUCCCAAGAAGCCGACGCCGUCGGCCGAGGAGGCCGCGGUGAGGGUGCAGGCGGCGGCGCGCGGGCACAUGGCGAGGAGGAUGGUGCGGGAGGUGCGCGCGGUGGAGCAGGAGGCGGACGCCGUGGCCGCGAGGGUGGCUUCCGAGGCCGACGCGCUGCGCGCGGACGCCAGGAAGCGGGUCGGCCUCGGGGAGGAGCUCAUGCGCCUGCUGCUGCGCCUCGACGGCGUGCGCGGCGCCCGGGAGUACCGCACGCGGGUCGCCAAGCGGGUGCUCGCGCUCCAGGACGCCGUCGACGCGCUCGAGGCCGCGCCCUCGCCCGCGUCCGCGGUAGUUGUGGCCGCCGAUGCGCAGGAGGUUCAGGAUGCAGAGGAAGAAGCAGAGGAUGCGAUGGUGCCGGAACUGCCGGUUGAGGAUGACACUGCUGCGGAUCCUCUGGCUGCCGCUAUGACAACUGAAACCGCGGCGAUGGAGGUCGACGUGGCGAGUCCCGUCGUCCUCGAGGAGGCCGGCCGCUCGUCCUCCUCUACUCUGGACGUAGCGCCCCCGCUAGCCUCCGACAAACUUCGGGCGAACGCGAGCCUCGGCCGUCCCACCCUGGCCUCUGCUAACCUCCCCCAAGACCUCCCUAACCCAUUCCCCUCUUCAAUUUCACCCAGGAGCCGCGGUGUGCGAAGGCCCCGCCAUGCUCGAGGCUUCAACUGCCAUUGACGAAGCCUUGCCGAGCCUAGAACUCCCCGGUCGUUGCUUCCCCCUUCAUGCGGUGCUGUUCGUUCUCCUGAGCAUGUGGAUGGGCCGGGCAUCGAGAAUGGCGUCUCCUGGUGCCGACAAUCGUCGCCGGAGCUUGCCGAUGUUCCCUCGCCAAGCACGCGCGGGAGGAAAGAGAGGAACCCGACAGGCGGGCCCCGCCUGUCCGCGAGCCAGCCCUGGCCCCCGCUUGCGCCUACCCCAUAGUGCGCUUUCUCUUGGGGAAACGUAUGGCUCUGAGGGCGCCUCGUGUGCCCUGUUAGCGUAUUUCUGACAAAAACGUUUUUUCCUGAUUUAUUUAAAAACCAGUUUUGGCGAGAAACUUUGACUCACUAUAACUUUUAAUAUAAAACUCCAAAUGAAAUUAUUCUUUUUCCUACCUCUCUCAAAUUUCAUCUAGUUUAUUUUAAGAUUUAUUUCAUAAAUUUCCAAACAAAUUUUAUAUGCUGUUUUGGAAUUGUGUAUUUAAUUAAGCAUUUUCAAAAUAGGAAUUGGAGGGAAGAAAUUAUUUCAAGAUCCUU